GAUUCCGACGAGGAUCCACCGGCUGCAGUCAAGUGGAGCUUCGGAGAUUACGGCCCCGAGACCCACGCGCUGGUCACCCAGUUCAAUGGCAGGGAGACGGCGACCGGAUCCUGCUUGGCGUUCGCACCUAGGAACAAGACCGGCAGCAACAACCAGGCGACCCAGGAGGAUUGGCAAGCAGAGACCAAGGACGACUUUAUCAAACUGGAGCCCUGGGCAGUGCCUUGUGGCAACCAGUGGAUGAAGGACCAUUGGGACAAGUGGCAGGGGUAUUCCUUUUACUCGGUGGACGCUUCAAUAGAAAAAUGCCUGACGGUGACUUUCUCGUUGAGCAUGCAGCCUGUGGUCGCCUUCGUGGGUGGCAUCCAAUUCGACUUGCUGCCCGGGCCGCUGGCCGAGAUCGACACACAAGUCUGCUGGCCACGGCACCAGCCGGGUGGGCUGGACCUGAGCGUGUUGCGGUCCGUCAUCAAGUCGAACGGCGUGAUGCUCUUCAGCCGGACACUUCGUCUGCACAAGAG